CUUUCCUUGUUGCAGUGUAACUGAUGUUUUUGCGUUUCGGUUGUAGUAGUUUUGUUCACAUUUGAGUCCUGAAUUUCUUUUAGAUAAAAUAAGUGAAACUGAAAGUGUCCUCAAGAUUUUAAGACAAAGAAAGAGUUUUUAGUUUGUUUAAAACUUUGAUAUGGAAUUUACAGAUUUAUUGAAAUGUGUUUGGUUCAGUGUUACUUAGAAAGAACAAGAUUUGGUUUAUUUAAAACCAAGACACCGACAGGUCGAAAGAAAAAGUAUUAUUGCUAAUUUGUUCAGUGAUUUAUUUCAAAUUUUACGAACUUCUAAAGCGUUAUAUAAAAGUGCAAAAAUAUUUUUACGUUUUAGUUCUUUAGUCAAUGUAACAAUAUUGUACGCUGAUGUCACGUUUUGAGGUUAGAUCAAAUGAACCGUCUGUUAGCGGAAUGUUGAGCAAAUCUCAAAGGCUUCUCUUGGGAUUGUUUGUUUUGCUCUUAGUUGAUGUUAUUUGGGUUUCGUCUUCAGAGCUUACUAAGUACACAUAUAAGAAUGCAGAGUUUGAGAAACCGUUCUUCAGCACCUACGUGAAGACAUCCAUGUUUACUAUAUAUUUAUUGGGCUUGUGUUUCUGGCCGCCCUGGAGAGAUCAGUGUUCCCGACCCUCAAACUAUAUGUACAUUGAUCCUGAUUUAGAGGAUGAGAGCUUCUACACAGAAGCGAACACAAGUCUUAGUGACCCAACAUAUGUGCCCGUCAAGUUGCCUGAGCGCAGUGACCGCAGUUCAGGAACAGAGAGUGAUGAGUGCACCGUCAACCGUUCUGUGCGCUUCAGCAAGCUCGCUGAGGUGCGACACAUGUCAGAAUGUGAUGCAACAGAGGCACUCUUGGCGAGACUGUCCUACUCAGCGAGUCUACGUGCCAGUGACAUGUACCGUCGUGCGACAAGCAAGCUCGACAUGGAGCAGAUCUGCAAGACUGCUUCCAUCUUCUGUGUUGUGUGGUUUGGAGCAUCGUAUUCUUAUCAAGCAGCUCUGGCACAGACAGAAACCGGCGUGGUGACUGUGCUGUCCUCCACGUCAGCACUGUUCACCCUCUUCCUGUCUGCGUUGUUCCCUUCCGGUGCAGGAGAUAAGUUUACACUGUCCAAAUUGGUAGCUGUCUGCAUGAGUAUUAGUGGACUGGUGGUAGUUAGUCUAUCAGAUUUAAAUGCUGAGCCAAACAAGCCAGUAGGCACUGGGGUAGCGUUGUCUCUCAUCAGUGCAUUUUUCUACGCAGCGUACCUUGUGUUUCUACGACGCCAAGUGGAUCAUGAGGACAAGAUGGAUAUUCCACUCUUCUUUGGGUUCGUGGGGUUGUUCAACAUGAUGCUACUAUGGCCACUGUUCUUCUUCCUGCACUAUAGCCACUGGGAAAGGUUUGAGUGGCCGACCAAACACCAGUGGAUGUUCCUUCUACUCAACGGACUGGUGGGGACUGUGCUCUCAGAGGUCCUCUGGCUUUGGGGCUGCUUCCUGACAACUUCACUGAUAGCCACAGUGGCCCUUAGUCUCACAAUUCCUCUGUCCAUGGUGGCCGAUGUGCUGUUUGAGCGAGUCCACUACCCCGUCCUGUUCUACCUUGGUGCGGUUCCAGUGUUCCUGUCAUUCUUAGCCGUCACGUUGCUUGCGCACUAUGACAACUGUGAUCCCGUCCUUGAAGUCGUACGGAGAGCUUAUCAUGCUCUUUGUAGGAGAAGCAGGGUCAUCAGGCUAGCAGAGUGUGAGAUAGAACAGACCGAGUCACUUAUAGGCAUCAACGAUGCUGACCACGAGGCUUGAGGCUCUCUCAUCUCCUGAACACCUGUUCAACUACGGAUCUCAAUCUCUCCUCCUCAUUCCGAGACUUGUGAUCUUUAGAGUUACCGCAUUCUAAUUGUGAUAGACCUCACGCUGGCUCUGCUUAGCUGUCAACUAUUUUAGGGCCCCAUGUAAUAUGUCUAUGGAGGUAUUAUAUGUUUUCAAGUUAAAAGCUAUGUUGAUUUUAAGCAUUUUAAUACAUAAUUAAUUUAUAACACUGUAUAUCGUAUGCACAUCACCUGUACAAAUGAUCACUUAAUUCUAAGCAAUUCACUAAAUUUUAAACUUUCUAAUUUCCUUAAAUACCGUUUACUUUGUCAAACUAUUUAUUUAUUAACUUUUUUAUUGUUACUUGAAUUUUAAUUUAAUUACAUGCAAAAAUAAAAAAUGGAAUAAGUAAUAAAACAGUUGUUAGGGUUACUAAAAUAUUUAGCUUGUUUGUAUGGUUUUGACAGUAACUUAUUUUUUAUCCUUUCAAUUCUUCUUUAUUUUUACACUAGUCAUAAUAUCAUACUUUUAAUGUAAUGAAUUAAAAUCUAGUAAUUAAUUUACAAUUUUAAUUCAUAGUUAAAAUACUAUUGAAUUUCCAAAAGUGUUUACAGUAAAAUUCCACAUUAAGCCAGUUUUUAAUAUUUUACAUUAUUACACUGUGUACAUUUCUUUACUUAAGUUUCAUGUGCUGUGAAAUACAUGUCUAAAUUAUCUUCGAGUACAAAGAAUAAACAACCCGAUAAGAGAGUAGUGUUCACGUAGGAAAUUUGUUUAUAUUUUGUACUUGAAAACACUUUCAAAGUGUGUAAACUUGUUACAUAAAGAACAUGUAUAUAGUGCAUAAAAUGUUGUUAAUAGUAUUAACCUAUUUUUAGUUACAAAUUACAUCUUUAUUCACUUUUUGAAACUCAACAGGUUGAGUUUCGUCAGGAUUAAAAUGUAUUGCCAGAAUAAAAGAAAUGUUUGUCAUCAUUCCAUCCAAAAUUUAACCAAAGAAUAAUUAUAUUUAUUUUGUUAUUUUCCAGAGUGCAGAAAUAAUUCUUUAUAAAUUUAGUAGAGGCUGCAAUAUAUUCUAAACGUUAAGAGAUAUUUCAGUAAGUGUAGUUUGUGAUUGUUUAAGACUUUAGUAUUUUAUGUGAUCAAUGUUUGUAUUAUACUAUAAAUAAAGGAAACAUGUAUACCUGUUGUUAAUCACUAGAAGUGUUUAUAAUGGUUUUGUAAAUAUCAUGCUCUUUAAAAACUGCCAACACACAAAGUACUUUGUCUAUAUACAAGACAUUAAUUUAUUAUUAUACUGUAUUAUAAAAACCCAUUGUAAUGUUUACGUUUUGUAAUUUUCAAGAAGUUUCUUUUAAGUAGAAUUAAUGUACUCAAUUAGGCAUUGAGGUCAAUUCAGAUUCUUUCAAUAAUACAACUAGCUACAAGUCAUGAAACUAAAAUAUGCAUGCCCUGGUGUGAAAACCGUAAUAGAAUGUGUAGCCUAAUUCCUGACAGUGUUCAUUGUUGUUCUAUUGUUUUUCGGUUAUUGCCAAAGUCAACAUCUUUCCAUUUGUUCAGUAUUCAGUGUCAGUUUCUUGCUCAUUUCAGAAAAUUUUAUUAAUAUGUUAGAGAUUUCACAAUAGUACAGAACCUUGUUUAAAAAAGGCAGAUGAACAGGUAAGCUCCUCGAGUACCAAGACCCUCCGUUAAUAGGUAAGGUUUUAAUGUGCUUUCUCAAACUGCAAUUCAAUUCAUUGCAGUUUGAUGUGAAACGUAAAGGCAAUUAAAGGCAUUGUAUUGGAGCCAAGCUGUACACAAAAAUUCACAAAUUAAAUUUAAUAAUAAAUUAUUAAAUUAUGUGUUAGCAACAAAUUACAUUAAAGAAUAAAAAAAAAUUGAAAAUGUUCAUACAACAGUUGUCGAAUAACUUAUUGUGCUCCUACCUAUUUUAUGCAGCCUCACAUCGGCCUGUCUCCCUCUAGUAUCAAUGUCAAUAAACUUUUAGCAUCAUUCCCACCACAUCUGGAUUUACAGUAUUUUGUUUCACUCCUGCAUCAUCCUGCACAUUGCGACUGUUUACGAUAUUUGAGAAUUGAGAGAAGACAGAAAGAGUCAAUUGUUGAUCGGAGAAGAGUAUCUGAUUAACAACAUUCAGGAUUCUCAAAAGAUUGACUUUUAUUUGGUCAGUUGCCAUUGUUUUAUAGUGUGCCAUAGUUUGUUCCAAUUAUUGCUCUUUGUAGUUACACCCCUGAAUAUGUUAGAAAUUCUGACACACCUGCUCAUUCAAAUAUUUGUACUAUCAAGAUAUUACUGCACAAUGUAUCUUGUUGCUGAACAUAAAAAAUAAUGCAUCCUAAUACAACAUGAAUUAGGUAAACCACUGUUAAUUUAUAUCCAUCCAGAAGGACUUUCAUGUUUCACAUUAAACCUCGGACCCAGCAAACUUUUCUUAUUUAUAGCCUACAGUUUGUCUUCAAAUCUUUAUUACAUUUUUUGUUUUGAUGCUGUCCUUGUUACCUAAAAUAAUCAAGUGUCUGCUAAGUUUGAAAAAAUGAACUUUUAAGUUUGUUUAAUUUAUUUAUGACCAUUUAAAAACUUUAAUAAAGACCAAAAUGAUGUGUUCAAAAUUGUGAAAGUGUUAAUAGAUGAGUUGCAAUACUGAAAUAAGCUUAACUUCCCGGAUAAUAUAUAUUACUUAAAAGAACUUCUGUAACAUUCCACUAAUAUUUUAUUUAGCACACAAUUAACUUUUUCAUAAUUCUGAUAUGGAACUUAAAUGAUGAAAUGUAAACAAAGAACUCAGAUGACACAACAUUAUUAUGCUUAUUAGCAUUUGGAUCAACAGUAUUAUGUACAUUUGCAACGGAAUAAAGGGACACAAAUAUUGUUAUUUAAUAUAAUUCUGUAUUAUUAUUAUUUUUACUGUUGUAAUUAUAAUUUAAAUAACUCAUUUGGAGUUUUUCAUCAAGAGAGAGUUACAUUUUAAGCCCUAUUUUUAAUGUGUUUUCAGUAUUUUAUUUCAUUGCUAUUUUACAGUACUCUGUGUCUGCGAUGGAGUUAAUUGUUAUGUGUUUAUACUUCGUUAUACUUUAAGUUUAUAUAUUUAGACUGUUUUGUAUUCUUCAGAUGUAAAUGUAAUAACGUUAUUAAUUUUUAAAUUACAAACUAAGUCUAUUUAUUAGUUAUCCAUUCGUCCACUACCCAAUAUAUAUGUCUAUUUUGUUACAUUACUCUUCAAAAUGCUUUCCAUUUUCUUGUUUCCUAGUAUCUUUGUAUUUUGUAAUAUAUAAUCAUUUGUGUAUAUAUUAUUCUUCAUUCCAUCACUAGUCAUCAUAUUUUUCCUAUUUUGUACUUAAAAUGUUAUAUUUUGUAGAGAAUUUUUUGUAUCUUCUUUUGGGAAUUGUUAUUUUAUGUAAAAAUGCAUUAUUUAUUAAUAAUAUAUUGUAGCAAAGACAUUUCCGAAAGUUCUUGGGUUUAAACGUUCAAAAACUCACCUCUACUCAUGAAAGCCGCUUUGAAAAUAUAAAUCAGUAUUUUCUCUACAGACAUUUCUGAAAGUUCUAGGAUUUUAACAUAAAAAACUCACCUCUAAUCUUGAUAGAAGCUUUGAAAAUAUAAAUCAGCAUUUUUCUCUGCAGCUGUACACUUAAGCCAGUAUUAUUCCCAAGUUGACUACAUUUUCUGUGAAAGUGUAGUUUAACCACUGCAUCUCAGUAACAUGGAAAUUCUUCAAGUAAAGUCUAUUCCAGGAAAACCCUCACACCCUCGACAUUGUGAGCAAUUUUUAAAAUUUUAUCCACUUCUGAUAUUUCUAUUCCACUAAAAUUGUUUUCGGAAACAAUUACAUGUAAGGGCAAAUUGUAAAACUUCAGGCCAUAACUUUCGCCAACAUGCAUUUUUGGUUGACGGCUUUACUUUACCUAUGGAUUCCUGGAUGUUUUCCAUAUUGAUAGAACUGCGAGUUCAGAGGUGUCAUCCAUAGAUUUUAGAAGAAUAAAAAAUGUUCUAUGCACAUAGUAAGCCUUAAAAGCAGCAUUUACACCUUGAUCGAUUUAAUGGCUGUAGGAUGGAUUUAGUAUUGGGUGGAAGGAAUAUGACUUGGAUGUUUGGAUGUUCAAUUAGAGGGUUUCCAAGAGCAUUUUAAAUCACCAAUAAGGCUAUGAAAGGCAAGUUUAUGAAUUAAAAGUAGCCUUCACCUAGUUGUUUAGCUUUUUUUUAAUGGUAUGAGAGCUUAGGGGAACUCUUUUCCUGAUUUGAACCUCUAUCCAUAUGCUCAAUGCCUUUUCAUUUUUUUUAACUUUCACGUCUCGAAAAACAGAAGCAGUUUUGGCACAGAGAUUUUCACACUACUUCUGAUUUUUUUAUUUUUUUCGAGUAUUUUGAACACUCGACUCAUUCAAUCCAAACUUCCUAGCAACUGAAGCAACCUUAUCAACUUUUAGCGCAUCAAGAAUUUGCAACUAAAGACAGCACAACACGUUUCAUCUUCUUGAUCUGAGACUGACGCAGGGAGGAGUGUGUGCUAAGUGUGGAGUGACAAUUUGCGGUACGUUGGGCUAGAAUGGAAGGGUAGUGAGUCAUUCAGCAGCGGUACUGGAAAUAGCUGUAAUAAUAUAGCGUCUUCUGUGCAGUGGCGAAUAAACUUGUUGAAUCAUGAGUGGUUGAGUUAAUAAUGUAUUUAUUUUCUUUUAUAUAUAUAUAUAUAUAUAUAUAUAUAUAUAUCAUUUUUGUCAGUUUAAGUGUUAUAGGUUAAGAAGUAUUGAAAAUAAUGUCAAAAAAUUAGGCAUUCAAGAAAUGUUUAGGCAUUCUAUGUAAAUCAUAACUAUUUCUGGUCAUAAGAACUAAAAAAUCAUUUAUAUAAAAACAGUGAUAUCAAUAUUAUGUUAAAAUAUUUUAAUUGUUUUCUCAUGUAUUAGUUAAAAAAUAUGUUUGUCUAGUAUGUAAGAUAUUUCACCUACUUUGUUUUUUUGAAAAGUGAUGGUUCUCUUGUUUUAUAUAGUUUUAUAAAGGAGUUUUUUUCUACUUAUUUUUCAACUGGAAGUAAGGAAUUUCAUUAAUAAUAGGGGUUCUGUAAUAUUCAUGCAUAUAAAGUGCACAAUUUAUUCAAACUUAAACAUUUGUGUACAAUUUAGAUGUUAUAUUUUUAUUUAAAAAUAUCUCAGGUAAUUGUUAGUCUGCAUUUUAAACAAGUCAUUUAUCUUAUCUUACGUUUCUGUUUCAAAGAAGUGUACAAUAAUUAUAUUAAAAUUAUUGUAAGAUAAUUUUAACACAAUACUCCUUGUACCCGCACAGCUAGCACAAAAUAAACUAUUUCAGAUAGUUUUAAAAUGUAAAGAAAGAAUAACAUGAUAAUAAUUAGACUGAACCACAUUGCGUGAUUUAUUAAUGGGGAUUGUUGAAAAUAAUUUCACUUAAAAGUUAAAAUUGAGUUUAUCAUGAAAGUACAAAUUUAAAUUUUCAUUAAAAAUGGUAGGUAAAUAAAUUUCCACUUGUAAUUAGGAAUCUGCAAAUGCUAUUUACAAUUAUAUUUUAGUCCAAUCCAAUAAUACUUCUCUUGUCAAAUGAUUUAUAUUGAGUGUGUUACAAUUGUGAUUGUAAUAUAGUAUUGCAAGAAUGAAAGUAUCACACUAUAAACAAAUGUUGUAACCAAAACACUACAUCAACUACUGUUGCAUUGCAGUGUGGUACAAUGUAUAUGAUUCUGUACAAGCACAUGUGUUUUGGAACAAAUAACAGCAUAGCAUGGAAAGUACAAAUGUAACAAGAAGAAAUUUUGUGGCAAACACAGAUGUGAUAUGAACAAAAAAUGAUGUGAAUUCACUGUAUUCUUUUCAAAUUUAGAGAAUUGUGUUUGGAGAAUGAAUUGAUCCCAUAAUUUAUUCCAUUAAUCCUUACCCAAUCUUUAUUAUGACCUGCAAUAUAAUAUUGCACGAUUUUGUGUGAUUGAUUUCUCUGUUAUGCUUCUGUCAAUUGAAAUUUAUACUAGAUUCAUUAAUAAUUAUUUAUUUUUAUCCUUUUAAAUUGUUUUAAUUGAUAAAAAUCAUUCAAAUUUUUUUUACAGAUUACGUGUAGCAUUUAUUUGAAUUAAUCCAAUAGUUAACAGUUUAAAUUAUGACACAAGAUAUGAAAGGGAAAAUAAAGAGUUUUAAAACUCUCUUGUUUUCAUUAGAGAUCAAUCAGUUUUUUAAAUCAUAGAAAGUUUUAUAGUCUAAAACAAUAAACAGUUAUAAAUCCAGUUUUUCGUAUGUAGUGCCAAUUACAAUGUAAUUGAAUGCAUAACGCAUUGAAUGCAUCUAAUCUAAUGAUUAAAAAGAAUAAAUGUUUUUGGAAGAUAAGAUAGUUUACCCUUUUAAGUGGUACGUUUUCAACGGUGUUGUUAUAUACUACUGCCGGGUUUAUUUGUCGUGCAAAUAGUUGCUCCAUAGUCAGCACAAAUGUAGCGUGUUCUCGCCCACUAUCAUUAACCCUAGUGAUCAUUUAAUUUACCAAACUGCCAUCAGAAUCUCCUGAUCCGUCAUGUCAGGUCAUGAUUGAUAAAUUUAGUCCACAUCCCGAUCAUCAUCUUUCUCAGAAAAGCUACACUGCUGAACGCUUAACUCACAACAGCUCAUCCAGACAAAUAUGAAAUUAAUAAAUUGUCUUUAUUAUUAUUACAAAUAAUUCCUGCUGUAGCGAUUGAACCACAUUCAAAAUAUUAAAUAAAGCAAACUUUCAGUAGCAAUUUCAAAAACCCAAUUGGAGGAACUAGAAUACAGUAACAUUCUGUUUCUAACGUUCAGAUAAAACCUCACCAUGUGCUUUCAGGAUAGUUCCUUAGUUGUUCGUCAGAGUGUAGUGUAGCAAACAGCACUACUGUGGAUUUGUAGUAGUUGGAAUAAACACAACUAGAGGCCAAUAUGUAUCAUCUUCUAGCUGUCAGGCAUCGUGUAGUGAAGCAGCUGUUUGGAACGUGAUAACAUGGGCAUGGCAGUCAAGGAGUUGAUAAAAAAACUGAGGAAAACUUAAAAUUGUGUAUAAAAAAAUAUGUAUUCACAUGUCUCUAUUUGUAAUAUUCUUAAAAUGAAAGUCUAUACAAGAUAGAUUAUGAAGUGCAGACGUAAAGGUUGAUUUUUAUCAUACAAUAUAAAACAAAUGUAAGAAAUUUGAAAAAAGUGAAUGUUCUAUUUUGACUUGCAUAAUUAAGAAGGAGGCUUUUUACAUACACUUAGUUAAAAGGUAAGAGUGGGUAGUUUUGUACAGAAAGUUGGUUAAAAUGCUCAAAAUGUAAAUGUAACAAAACACUUGUUAAGUUCAGUUACACAAGAAUUCCAUGUCUCCCGGCCUGGCCAGUAUUGUCCCACAACAUCCUGUACACUAUAAUCUAUUGUAUCACUCUAGCUGUAAGACUUUUGUAUAGUGUUGGCGCCCGAGCUCGCUGGCACACAAAUAUUCUAAUUGUGUGUGUGUAAAUUAUUUUAAUAAAUUGCAAUAAAAGUAUUACUAUAA